GUAAGCACACUGAAAACGGAAGAGACGGUACAGGAAUGAAAUAUCGCGAUUACUGAGCAGCUCUGCUCGUUGGUCGAAUCUCUAUAGCAUCAUCAUCAGCAUCAUCAUCUUCAGCAUCAUCACCAUCCCUACAUCUGAGUCCAAGCUCGGCAGCACACGGCGUGUAGGAGGAUCGUGACGUGAUUGUAUUUACUCUUAAAUCCACAAUCGGAUGAAAUGAAACCAGACAUUUGGCGAAAAGAGGCUCGGCUGUGAAUGUAAAGUCACCUUGAAUGGAAAGUUGUUUAUCGGACUCGACGGAUCAGCGUUCUUGGUUAUAGCCUAAGGACCGAGGUAAGGCGAUGUUUCUCAACCUGAUGUUCUGCCCAACCUUUACAGAUGAUCAAUUCUUAUACUGGAUGUGCGUGAGUUAGAUAUUUCGGGUAAAGAUCUGAGACGAUGUGCAAACAGUGAUGUGUGAAUAUAGCUGGUGGAGCAUCGUAUCCUCUGCUGAAGGGCGCGCUCUCCGACCUCCACACCAGAGAAACACUCAGUCUGAGCAUUUCAGCGUAAUCGGACCACACUACUCUACUUUGUAGCUGAUGGUCUUUAUACACUUCGCAGAAGUAGGGUGGCCUACCGGAUUCCGAUUUCCAAUACCAGGUUACAGAAUAUUGACAUCUGACGCCAGGAAUCUCAAUAAAGUAUCUUCAUGGCAGAAAACAAUUUCCCACCUCUCCCCCGUUUCAUUCCCCUGAAGCCAUGCUUUUACCAAGACUUCAACGAGAUCCCAGAACAGUUCCGCACUAUGUGCAAGCGCUUGUACUAUCUCUGGAUUUUGAACAGUGCUACAUUGGCGACGAAUCUGAUUGGCUGUCUUGCAUGGAUGUGCGGUGGGGGCGGGGCCACUAACUUUGGAAUGGCUAUAUUGUGGCUUAUUCUAUUCACCCCUUGCUCUUAUGUAUGCUGGUUCCGGCCCAUCUACAAAGCUUUUAAGAGCGACAGCUCUUUCAACUUUAUGGCAUUUUUCUUUGUAUUCAUGGCUCAGGUUGUGAUCAGUAUUAUCCAGGCAGUGGGCAUCCCAGGCUGGGGAGUCUGUGGGUGGCUGGCAACCAUCACAUUCUUCAGCACUAAUAUCGGCUCUGCUGUGGUCAUGCUGGUUCCCACUAUUAUGUUCACAGCUGUCGCUGUGCUGUCUUUCAUCGCCCUCACCAAGGUCCAUAACUUCUACCGUGGCAGUGGUGGGAGCAUGAGCAAGGCCCAGGAGGAAUGGACAACAGGUGCUUGGAAAAACCCACAUGUACAACAAGCAGCCCAGCAGGCAGCUAUGGGUGCAGCCCAGGGGGCAAUGCAGGGCCAACAGUACUCGCCCCCUCCCACCUACAACUAUAAUGACCCUAUGUAA